CUCAAGGGGUGCAAGCAGCAGCGUUUUCUUCUAUGGAAUGAAGGGAGGAAAUCCUCUUCUUGUUCUUGCGUCGCCUGCAUGCAAAUGUUGCCGGCUGGGGCAGAAUGAGGCUGGGUCCGAGACUUGACUUUCCGAGUAGGGAGCUCUUCCUGGAAGAUCUGAGGUGCAAGGCACUGUCCAUGUGGGCAGCUCAUUCUUAAAGGCUCACACAGGUGACAAGUGUGUCUAACUUCACUGCAAUGACGCGCUCAGAUUGUCCAUAGGCAGUGCGUAAACGCGCUGAUCUUUUGACAUUUCUCUCCAGCUGCAGUGCAUAGUGGUCACAUGUGACGCAUUUGCGCCUUCAGCUUUUUUUAGCCAUAUUUUUGGAUGCAGGAGUGUUGCGUUUUUCGGACAAGUUUCUGCGCUGAUUGCUAUGUUCGUCAUGUCCGCCUGGGUGAACUUGCGCGUUUUCUCCGUAGAGGCACACAGAGCCGCGCUGUGUGCAGAAGUUGGUUGGGAAUCAUCAUAACAACAGUGCGGAGAGAAGAGGAAAGAAAACGAAAGGACAGCGGAGUAGAGGGGAUGAUGAGCGGCUGAUUAUUAUUUUUUGGGCUACUACGAGCUUCAUCAGCAUGAGGAUCAAAACUGCGGAGGACUGCUGCUCUGUAUAUACAUACUAACAGUUUUUACAAAGCCUGCCCGUGAGUCCUGCAACCACAGCUGCGUAAACUUGGCCAGAUCUGGUGACAUUGUACCCUCUGCGUGUGUGUGUGUGUGUGUGUGUGUGUGUGUGUGUGUGUGUGUGUGUGUGUGAGAGAGAGUGCGUGCCUGGAUGGAUAUGCGGCUCACCGAGGGAAUUUGAAAAGCACGGGGGGAUUACUAUCAGUCCCUCUCCCUAUUAUAACCUCAAAAUGGAUGCUGAUUACAGGCUGUGGAGACGCCACUGGAUUAGCCACUCUCCCGCUGAUCUGCUUGACAUCUGAGCGCCACAAGCUUUCAAAAUUUGGAUAAUCUACAAAAAAAGGAAAAGGGAAAGGGCUGAAGGUGUAGGAUGCAGUCUGGGGUGAAGACGCUCUCCGCAGGUGGAGGUGCGUCACUGUGCUGCCUGCUGCUCCUGUGGCUCAUCUACUCCCAUCUGCUCAGAGAGGGCCAGUUGGCGGUUGGAACCUGCGAGAUUGUGAUGCUCAACAGAGACAGCAGCGUUCCCAGACGGACCAUCGCCAGGCAGACGGCCCGCUGCGCCUGCCGGAGAGGCCAGAUCGCCGGGACCACCAGGGCGAGACCGGCGUGUGUAGAAGCGCGAAUCGUGCGGAGCCGUCAGUGGUGUGAGAUGGCUCCCUGCCUGGAGGGGGAGGUCUGCAGCCUCCUGUUCAACCGAUCCGGCUGGACCUGCACCAGAGGCAGCGGUCGCAUCAAGACUGUCACGCCUUUGCCCAAGGAGCCGUCGUAGGUUGCAGAGAACACGGCAAGGUCAUCGGCAUCCACGCUACAUAAGGUACUGAGGUCAAUCACUAAACCAGAACAUUGUGUCCAUUCUGUUAUGAAACUCUCAAACUUUACAACAGGUCUGAUCUCCAGGAAAAAAAUAUGUAUAAAAGAACUAGCAGACAUUUCUGAGAACUCUGAGAAGUCUCAAGUGAGAGGCAUGGUACACCAUCGGCUUUGAAUCUUCACUGCAAAUUCUUGGACACGUCAUAGAACAAAAUCUCUGUGAGGAACUUACAUCAACGGGACGGUGGAAUAAUUGAUUCAUACAUUACAUUUACUUUUUGUUGCCCUCGUUAUCCAACAUUUGGUUUGCAGGGGACGCCUCCUUGAAAAUUGUUCAUACCUUUGUGGCUUGAUUUGGUCUUGUCAGAAGGUCUUUCAGAAUUCGGCCCCUUCUUCUUCUUCUUCUUCUUCUUCUUCUUCUUCUUCUUCUUCUUCUUCUUAACUAUCUCGAUAGGAAGCCGUCCAGUGUUAUAUCCAGAUUGUCAAUGACAGUUUGCUGCUAAGACACUUUUCUGAGGUUGAGCCAGGCUGUAUUGCCCACUGGAUUCUCUCAGUCAUUUGGCGUGGUAAGACUUUGCACUGCAUACACACUGACAGGACGGAACAUUGUGCGAAAGGCAUGAAAGUCUAUUGUAAUGUCCCAGAAGAGACGACAGAGACAAGUUGACUGUCUUCACUCUGUGACUGAAGAUCAUGAAUGCCAAAUGUGGACAUUUUGGACAACUUAGCGUAUAACUUAUGUUUUUUUAUGUCGUGCCAACAUAGAGUAGAAUAGUAGUUUUUGUCAAUAAACGUAACUCAUCGUGGACACACACUACCAGGAGCAUUCGGCAGAUGUGGACCCCUGGCUCAUUUUAAUGAUCUAAACCUGCGUGUGUGCAUGUUUGCAUCUCUCAAAUGUGUGAUUAUGUAUGUGUGAGUGUGUGUGCGCAUCCAGAGAUACACUGUGAAAUAAGUCAUAUCCAAUGCAUUAUUCAUACUCUUGUAUAUUUUUGGGACACGCCCAGUCCAGAGCUCACCAUCUGGCCGGAGAAUAAUGUGUGAUUUUACAGAUGUUGGAUCUCAUUUGAAUGUUCAAGGUUGAAUCCUGUUUUUUAUUUUAUUUUGUGUCUUUUCUUUAGUACAUAGAGAUAUUUAUGAUGGGGGGGGGAUAUAAUUAAAACUAGGGACAGAGCUGCAGAAUGUCACAUAAGUUAAAUUCUGUAAUUAAAAUCAAUUCAUGCGUGAUUAAAUGUAUUCAGAAUCCUUGUCUAAAUUGACUAUAUUUUGAUAUGAAAUGUUUUGGCCAGCUGGACGUGCUAUUUGCUGAUUUCAGAUGCUUGAUAUAUUUGAAAUGAUGUGUAAAUAUAUACAUAUAUAGAGAGAGAUUCAAUUAAUGUGUUUUAUGUUCUGUGGGUCUCAUCUCAGGAGCACAAGAGGCAUUCUUCCGCUAGAGGUGGACACAAUAACAUGAACACCAGUAAGAUAUCUAAAAAAUAAAACUCAAUACUACAAUGUAUAUGAAGAUUAAUGUACAUCUUAAAGUAAAAAAAAACAAAACAUUAGUCUUUCAAAGAUUACAAUAGAUUGCAUAAUAUGUUACUGGUGUUCCUGUCAAUAUGUCUCCACCCUGUUAUUUUUCCCUUUUCUUUGUACUAAAACAUUCUGUACAUCUCCAUAUUAAUGUAUGCAUUUGAGGAUAUAUAGAGAGCGUCCGCUCCCGAGAGCUGCAGAAUGUGUAUUUAGUGUAUGAGUGUUAGUGUGUACUGUAUGUGUGAGUGUUUUUAAGGUCAACAGUGGUCUGUGUGGUAAGAAAAUGGCAAUUUCCCAUACCUUUGAUUUCACGUUUACUUUAUUUAUUGCUUCUCUGGUUUGAACUCACUUUUUGAUUUGAGACACUUUAUUGAAAUCACAUUCAGCAGGGCAGUGGCAAUUAUUAACAACAAAUAUCUGGUACUUGUAAAGUCGUCUAAAAAAAUGUCAACAUGUGAUAGUGGAUGUGCAUUUAUACCAGCACAUAUCAUCACACUAAGUUCUGCAAGUUCUAGCACUGCACUGCUGACUCUCGGAGGGAGUGUCAUGACUAGAAAUGCCUUUUGUGGUCCUCAAACGUCUAUAUAAAUAUUUCAUACUUUUAUUUCACACUGUCCUUGUUUUAAAAAGAGGCUUUGCUUGAACUACAAUACCACAGGCCAAUUAUUUCCAAAACAGGGACAGAGCAAAAGUAUCUGAGACAAACUGGAACAAUAAAAAAAAAAAAAGUUUUCUUGUGGAGAGUAAAAAUGAAACAGGGUAACACUUUCUGUGAAUCCCAUGUGUAUGAUGUAUUAUAAUGUAGACUACUGCAUAAUGCCUUUUAGCAACAUAUUACAUUGCAUAGUUGCCUCAUGCCUUCAUCACAAUGUGGUGUGCAGACACACCACAUUGUGGAUUAUGGGGCUGGAAGUUAUACUGCAUAAUGCAGUGUAGAUUGCAUUAUCUUUUAUGACUGCACAAUGUAUCUUGCAUUACACGUGUACCAUGGCCACACUUUUCAAAACUAAAAUCUUGGUUCAUCUUAAAAUAAUCUUGGAAUAAACACAACUUUACCACUCUAACGUGAACGAGAAGCAACUAGGAACCACUGCCAAACAGAUCUUAAUUUGGUCUAUUGCCAUUUCGUAAAAAAUGUGUUAUUAUGAUAUUAAUAUAGCGUUUAUAAUAUUUGCUUGACUCCAUUUGCAAUAACAUUUAAAUGUUUUUAUUUAAAAGACAUUUAGAUAUAGAAAGUGUUUGUGUUGUUUUAAGAAGACUUUUCAUUCACUUUAACUUGAGGUAUUCCUACUUAAUUAAGCAUAACAUAAGAUAGCAUAACCUUAACUCAUUCGAAGCAAAGCUGGCUGAACACAUUUGAAUGGAAAAUACAUUCUUACUUUGGUUUAGACUAAUCAACUUUCAAAGAACUCCCGUUAGAAACCAACAAAAGAGGGAAAACCAAAUGCCUAACUAUGCUUUUGCAUAACAUUACCAAUGCUUGCCACAGUUUUUAAGGACAUAACAGAAAUAUUUGAUGUAAGAAAGGUGAAUAUCCAGCCUGCAUUAUAGCUGUACAACGUCUGUGUCGUGUGGUUUCUGCUGUUGCUGCCAAGCCAGUAUUCCCACUCACCUCCCACUCGGUUAGAGAUGUUCUCUCAACGAGGCCUGGCUGCUGCCCCUUUUCAUUUUGAAUGUCUGUCUUGCUGUUCUCUGGGUUUUUAAUGUGGGCUGCUGUUAGGAUCAACAAAUGGUAUGAAGGUGGUGUGAGCUGGAAAAGCUGAGCUGUCAAAGCAUGCUAUAAGCAAACUUUAGGUACACAGUAAGAAACAUAAUUUUCUUUUGGACGUCAUUGUUUUGAAUGACAUAUGCAAAUACAUGAUUUAGUAGCAGUAAUGAUUAUGAUCCUUAUUCUUGUAAUGCCUUUUCACCUUUGUAGAAAAAUUAGGUUGCAAACACUUAGAAAGUCUGAUACAUGAACAGAUAUUCUAGGCAUUAUAGUAUUUUUU